AUGGUAGCUAUCUUCUCCGGCCGCGUCUUCAUUGGCCCCGAGCUUUGCUAUAAAGAAGAGUAUCUAGAGGCCAGCACUAUGUUUGUCGUCGACCUCUUUAGGCAGUGGCCAAAGUUCUUGCGCUUCAUCGGCAGACAAUAUGUCCCUGAGAUUAAGAAGUUGGCUGAACAUAGACGCCGCGCUGCCCAAGUCCUGAUCCCAGUCAUUGAAGCACGCAAAAGGUUGUACAAAGAAGUUACCGAGGUACCAGGGGACUUGCUGCAAUGGUUCAUUGUCAAAUCUAGCAAAUUUGGCAUGGGCAAGAAUGAGCAGCUCGCCGAAACGUUGUAUGACAUUGCUGCACGAUGUCCCGAUGUCAUUCCCGCUCUCCGAAAAGAGGUCCAAUCUGUUCUAGCCGCCAAUGAGAACGAAUGGUCAACUAGCGCCCUCUUCCAGAUGAAGCUGCUCGACUCAGUCUUACGCGAGUUCCAACGUUUCAAUCCCGCCAGCUUAAUCAGCUUCAUGCGAACUAUCACAAAACCAGUGACGCUUAAAGAUGGCACUCAGCUCCUACCUGGCACCAACAUCGCGGUGCCCAUGGUCGGCCCAAUACAAGACAAUCUUUACUACACUGAAUCAACCCAAGUCGAUCCCUACCGCUUCGUGUCCAUCCGCAGCGAGGCCCGCAGCGAUCCGUUACAGCAUGCAAACAAGGAACAGUUUCAAUUCGUGUCAUCGACCAAGGAGAACAUGGCCUUUGGCUUUGGCCGCCACGCGUGUCCAGGCCGCUUUUUUGCUGCUACAGAGAUUAAGAUGCUCAUUGCAAGACUUCUUUUGGAAUACGAUAUUCGAAUGCCAGAAGGUGUCAUGGAGCGGUAUAAGAAUAUCGUGAGAGGCGACAUGAUCGAACCGGAUCAUAGGAAGACGAUUAUGUUAAGAAAAUGCACCUGA